GCCGUGAGGAUAUGGGCGGGGCAUCCACGCGUCUUUUUCAUGAUAACCAAUGACAGGAACGCAGGCGGGUCAACCUUGGGAGACGUGGGCGGGUAAGGUGUGCGCGUGUGUCCAUAUUUACGUACGUUACAAAGGGUUCUGGGAAAAGUAGUUCUUUGCGUUCGGAGUAUCACGUUUGGGUGUUUGCUACAAGCCUACUACUUUGACUGGCUGUUAACGCCGAGCGCGUCAGCGUGAUAUUGCGGAUUAGCGCACAACUGUCAUUCUUACAGGCCCGGAAAAGCGGCGCCGCCGCGACUCAGUGUAAAUAAUAUUUGGCCGCAUUGCCGCCGUACUGCGACCCGCCCACCUUCGUUCCGUACAUUCGGGCAUUUCCGCUAUUCUGCGUGGCAACAUGGAGCAGAGGUUAGCUGAGUUUCGGGCAAAGAGGGCUGCACAGCAGAGAGCCGAGCCGGCAAGCAGGAGCAAGAAGCCGGAAGAAAGCACCGACAAGCCGCAGUGCCAGUACGGAGACGAGGGAGGCGGAGCGCGGUCCCGUUACGGCCGUCUACUUGAGACUGCGGCUGCUGAUCGUGUCGUCACCUCCAGGAGUCCCGGAGAAGACGGACGGACGAGUGACGCGACUCAACUGGACUCGGUGCGGACCACUCGGCGACCCUCACGUUCUGACAGGCAGGAGAGCUCAUGGCUGCAGUUCGUCAGCGUGGAUCGUCUCGGGGCGAUGAACGUCUCCGUCCUCAAAGUGUUGCUGUGGUUGGUGCUGCUGGGCCUCUUUGCGGAGCUGCAGUUCGGCCUGCUCUUUUUCGUGCUCUCCCUCUUCUACUGGAUGUACGUGGGCAUGCGUGGGCCAUCGGAGCGGCAGAGCGGGGAGCCCAGCGCGUACUCCGUCUUCAAUCCUGGAUGUCGGCCGAUUCAGGGCACGCUGACCGCUGAGCAGUUUGAAGGGGAGCUUGGAUACAAACCGCUGGCCGGCCGAGACGCCCGAAAUGAGGACGGGACGGAAUUUCGCUGAGGGACGCCAGCUGUGCCCAGACCUUUCGAUGUUCACCCUGCCUGGUGGGUCCCAUGAGGGGCCUCCACAGGGUCUUGUGUUUGUCUUCUCAUCCCCCUCAUCGACUGGAAGGCUCGCCUGGGUAGAAUUCCUGCUCGUUUGUUUUGGAGGUCGAGGAGUUCCUUCACAGUGACAGGUGAUCCUCAAAGGAGUCGAAUGACCGGGAGGUUCAGGGACAACCACAUGAAACUUGGGGGGCCGCCUCUCGCCUCCAUUCACGACCCUGUGACAAAUAAAACGCUCUUUGGA